AAGAAGCCUUGAUGAAAGCUCAGUGGCCCAUGCUAGGAGCUCUGGUCCGCUGCAGAGCGAAGCAAGAUGAGGUCAUCAGGAAGAUCCCGCAAGUCCUCCGAGACAGCAAGAUUUUGGAUUCUUUCCUCAUUGCCAAAAGGCUCAAUAAUUUUUUGGGUGUCUGCGAGGAGUACAAACCCCCAAUCCCAAAGAAGAUAUCCCAGGCAGUUUGUGAUUUUGUAUUCAAGCAGGUUGUCCCACGCAGUACUUCAGGGCAACAGAAGAUAAUGGAAAGGUUCAAGCACCAACGCUUCACAGCGGAAAGGCAGAUCCAAGAAGGAGAAUCGUUCCUGUGUCAUCUGUCCUCUUCUGAACACCGGGAGCUCUGCAUGGAUCACCGGAAUGUCCUUAUGGAAGCCUUUGCACACUUGGUCGGCUGCUGUCCCGUCGAUGCUCUGGACUUCUUGCAGGCUCAGAUGAAGGAGGACUCCGAAUAUAUCCGUGUGGGGUUCUUAGUGCAUCUAAAAAUGAUUAUUGGCAAUGACGGCCCGUGUGAGAGCAGAAAUAAGAAACAGCCAAUUGUGGAAGCCGUGAAAUGUCUUCUGGACGACCACCGUGAAGGGGUGAGAAAAGCACUCCUGCGUUUCAUUAAAGAGCUCCUUUGCUCUCAAAACGUCGAGGGCUGUCCCGUGUGGGAGAUGGUUGUCUACAUCUUCAGCCAGUUCACUGUGCACAUCAGCCAUCCACUUGGGAAAGACCCUGCGGUCAAGCAGAAGGAGAAAGAAGAACGGAUUCAGGAACUCUGCAUCGAUGUCUUGGAGAAUUUGAACACCUCUGCGGAAGGGAUGAGCAAAGCUCUGUGGCCAAGGCUCCUCUUCUUCGUUGUACCAGCUCCAUACACCCCAACUCUGACCCCGCUCUGCAGAUGCCUGAAAGAAAUGGCCCUCGGCCGAGAGGACGAUGCGACACUCUUCCUUGGCUCUUGCAAAGGAGUAGGCCUUCCAAGCGCUCACGGAUUGGUAGCAAGGCUUCUGGUCUUGGCGUCCAAUCCGAACCAAAGAGGGAGCUGGGCGCUGCAACUCUUACACGCCCUGCACAGCAACAUCCACACGGCCAUCACCAAGCUGUGGGCCAAGCAAAUCCCAUUCCUUUGGGACUUUUUUCUCAUAGAAAGUACUGAGAUCAGGAGCCAGGAAUGGGAGAAACAAUUGUUGCAGUUCCUGAGAAGAACCCUGGAAACCAUUGAUGACAACACUUGGACCCAGAAUCUGAGCAGAGAACUGGAAAGUCAGAUGGAAAGCUAUGCCCAGCAGUCCCCGGAAAGGAGGUUCCUCUAUAAAUCUCUGGGAAUUGCCCUGACCUGUUGCGAAGACCCAGCCUUUGUUCAGAGUCGGAUGAAGCACUUGAUAGAAAAUGCAAACUAUAUGGAACGGCUCGAGAGAGAGAAGAUCAUCCAGAUCCUUUCUUUCUCGGCUGUGGGACAUUUAGAUCUGACCUUAGCCACCUUGCAGGAAUUUGGAGCUGGGAUGGGUCUGAAAAUUAAGAUGUCCUCCAUCAUCAGCCGCUACAAGGACUACCAGCAAGGCAGACGGGGUCACAUCCACCAAACGCUGAUGCUCACCUAUGGCAAGGUGGCUCUCCAAGCCCCUAAGGAGCUCCUCCUGCCCAGGGUGGAGGCCGGCAUAAUGAAGAAUGUCCUCUGCUAUUACCGGAAGAGCUGCCAGGUCUUGGGCGUCAGCAUUGAAAACAAGGACUCCAAUCUCAAGCUGGCCUUUGUUGAGAGCACAACAGAUAUCUGCCAGGCUAUCUGCGAGACCCGGGACUUCCAGAACUUCAUCUUAACUUGCAAAAAGGAGCUCCUUGACAUCUUGUUGGAUUUCAUCAAGGAGGAGCCGCUGGACUCUCUGAAUACUGCACUUCGUCCCCAAGCCAUCACUGCCCUGGCAUUCCUGAGCAAACUGAAGCCAUGUUUGGCCGUGGAGGAAAUCCGCAGUCUCCUUGAUCAGAGCAUCAAAAGUUUGUUUCCUCUUCCUUCCCUGGAGCAGCUGAAAGAGACAGCAGAGGAUGCUCUAAAGAUCGAGUCCCUGUACUCUUGCUCCAUGGACGCCCUCGGGAAACUUGUGGCAAGCAUCAUAGAGGACCACCCAACACCUGAGCUGAUGGUCGAGAUGUUCCAGCUCAUAGACCCCUGGUUCACCGUAUCGGACUGUAGCCGCGAGAGGGCACUGCAGGCAAGCUCCCAGACCCUCGCUGCCUUCCAGGAGAACUUUCAGCUCCCCGAUGGAGAAAAUUUCCAGCAGUUUGGGUCACUGGUUGCUUUCCUUGCCCCGUACACCUGUGAUGGCUCCAUCAGAUGCCGGCAGUGGGCUGCCCAAUGCAUUAGUUGCCUUUUGCAUAUACAAGCUCAGUCAAAAGUCACAGCAGAGGAGGAAGAAGAAAUGCUGGCUGCCUGUCAUGAACUGAAGGGUGAUGUCCCCAGCGCUCUAUUCGAGGCUUCGUGCAGAAUGGCCAAGGUGGUCAGCAUGCAUUUCCCACCAGAUCAAGCCCUGGAAUUCAUCGAGGUCAUCCUGGAAGACCUGGUGUCCGGAAAUGAAAUGUGCGCCAUUUCUGCUGGCCGCUGGCUGCUAACCAUCCUUUGGGACUCCGGAGAUGCUAUGGGAGCCCAGGUAUCAGAGAUCUUGGACAUCUUCUACAGCCGCUUGCCCACCAUCAAGCAGGAAGAUCUGCGGCAGGUCCUUGUGGAAGCUGUGUCGGCUGUCUCCUAUUUUCACCUGGACACCGUGAUCGAGAGCCUAUUCCGCCGCCGCCUCCCGAUGGACAGUGAAACGGGUGAACUCUGGAGGUCUCUAGGCAAGGACCCUUCCCAGGCCUUACUGAUUUUAUGCAAGUUAGCAGCCAGGGUGGCAGAGCCUUCAAGUCUGGAAGCCCCUUUCUCCCCAGGCAGCAACGAGAGCAUGGAAUUUGCAGAUGAAGGACCUCUCAAGGCCACUUGCGCCAUCUACGAAGUCCUGUCCGUGCUGCAGACCGAGGAGGGCAUCCAGGAGCUGUUCCCAGAGCUGUUCUGCACUCUCCUGCAACAGGUCAGCAAAACCCUCGAGAAGAAGAUGCCCUUUCACGAAGGUCGCCGGAGGCUGUUUCUGAGAGAGCAGCAUUUGUCUGAAGGCAACCCUUGCAGACUUUCUGUGGCGAGUCUGAAGGCUCUUGUGUUGAAGCUUAUCUCUGAUCCAUCGCUGGCAGAGUUUGGAGAGGUGAACAUCUGGACUUCACUUGGUGAUCCUAGAACCCACCAGGAGGGUGUUUCUCUGCUGGCCAGAAAUCUGUUUCAGAAUAGACUUUUGGACCACAAGAUCAUUGAGAAUGCACUCCCCUGGAUGACUUCGGAGUCCGAAAAGCUUCGGCUGACAGGAACGGCCUUCUUUUCAGAGGCGAUUCGGGACCCCAUGCUAGGAGAAAAGGUGCGUUUGAAAUCCAUUCUUCCCCUCCUGGUGAAGAGGGCAGGGGACCAGCACCUGGGCACCCGCCAGAUGGCAAUCAAGGGCCUGGCAAAUGUUCUCCUCGUGGCUGCAGACAAGGUGAAACAGCAAAAGAAAACCAUUGUGGCUAUUUUCCUGGGAACGUUGUACGACGCAAAUGUGGUUCUGGAGGGUCUCAGAGCCCUUGCCCUGGUCUUUCCUCACCUAAACAGGCAGGAUGUGGGCUUCAUGUUCAAAGACAUCUCUACGAAGACCACCACCUACCUGAGUGAUGUUGAUGCGGAGAUUCGGGAGGCCUCAUUCCAUCUCUUCGGCAUCCUGGCUAGCUUGCCGAAAUUCAGGUACAGAACAUUUUUUGCCGAGCAAGCCAGGAAGAGUUUGGUGCCACUUCUGAUUCACCAGUGGGACCCCGAUCCCAAGGUGUCUGAGGCAUGCAGAGCUGCAUUUCUGCGCUCGGUGCCAUUUUUGGCAAAAGGGAAGCUGAGAGCCCAUAUGGAAGAAAUGUACACUGCCAGCAGUUUGGGGCUGCCGAAUUUACGCAUGCACAUAUGCAAGCAGCUGGUCAACAGCCACGCAGAGAUGAGGAGGGAGCUCUUGAAAAAGACCAAAGCCUAUUUCCAAAGCAGGUGGGAAGAGAUCCAAAUCAGAGCCCUCGAGUUGUCAGGAGUCAUUCUGGAAUGUAUGCUGCUCACAGAGCUAGACGAGACUUUGCGGCUGCUUCUGCUGGCCUCGCUCGAGAAGCUUGCGGAGGCAUCCAGCCAUGGCGUUCAAGAGGCAGCUUCUGAGGUGAUUGCCUGCCUGCUCAAUAAGUGGGGCGGAGAUCUGCCGAGGAGGAAAGUUGCCGGCCGAAGCAGGAGCAGCAUCACCCAAAAGUCUGCCCCCAUCUGGUUGCAACCGAGCGCCAUCACGGGAGUCGCUUCCGUCCAAGAACUCUUCGAGCCAUCUGGAGUGACAAAAGUCCUUGCCACUCACGAGAGGAGGGCCAGAUUUGGCCAACAGCAGCAGGAGAAGAGACCUCAUCACCCCUCCAAGGCGAAUGACUCUCAGCAUUACGUGGAUUAA